AUGACGACGACGAUGAUUUUCCUGAUAACCAGUUUUCGUGAUGAGCAUAUGGAUAAUAAUCACGUUGACGAUGAUGAUGAUUUGCCUUCUUCUUCAAAUGAACAGUUUACUGAUAUUGAUGAGGACGAAAUAGGUAUGGAAGAGAUUGUCCCUGACCCCGAUGAUGAUGAUGAAGAUGAUUAUGAUAAUUCUAAUAUUAUUGUACAAGAUGAUAUCUCAGAGGAAGAAGAAAGUACUGGAAGUUUACUAUUAACGGAAGCUGAUGAUAUUCUUGUGGACGAGGCCGAUUUCGAUGAUGAUCACUUUGAUAAUGAAUCUGACACCAUGGAUGUUGACGAAGAUUUUCAAGAAGAUCAUAUAAUUGUCUCUGAUGAUUCUGAUGGAGUGGAUGACGAUGGCUAUCUGUCAGAUUCGUCUCUAAGAAGUACUGCAACGCAGCUGCGUAAAUCCCGUCUUAAGUCAAGAUCCCUUGUUAUUAGGAUACUUUGA